AUGGAGACAAGGAGGGAAUCACCGAGUUCGGGGGUCAAGAAGAGGGAUUUCGAGGAGAGCUUUGGGUUGAUUGAACCUUUUCAUGUUGGAGAGGCCGAGAGGAAGAGAAUCGAAGAUAUGAAUUCGCAGGCUGAAAUCAAUACUCCUCUUCCGACGAAAGAAUCUGCAGAUCAAUCGGAAGCAGAGUCUACCGCCGAAUCUUUACCCACUCCACCGGUGAGCAUACAAUCUGCCAAACGCGAACGCGAGAGAGAAGUUACACCUGCGGAAAGCACGGUGAGUUCGCUGAGUGAUCUGGGAUCGCGGAGUACGCCGAGUUUGAAUGGGGGAUCGCCGGUGAGGGGAUCGGCUUUUGCGGCGUUGAAUGGAAAUGCGAAUGGGAAUAAGAUGCCCCCGGCGAAGAAGGCGAAAUUGUCGUUUGCGGAGAAGGAGGCGAGGGCGAUUGAGAAGAGGUUUAAGGAGGAGGAGAGGAGGAUGGAUAGGGAAAAGAAGGAGCAUGAGAAACAGGCACAGUUGGAAGAGAAGAGGAAGAAGGAUAGGGAGAGAGAUGAGGAGAAGAGGAAGAAAGAGGCGGAGAAGGAAGAGGAGAAGAAACGAAAAGAGGCUGAGAAAGAGGUUGAGAGAAAGAGAAAGGAUGAAGAAAAGGCUGCGAGGGAAGAAAAGAAGAGAUUGAAGGAUGAGGAAAAGCGUAAGAAGGAUGAAGAAAAGCAGAGAAUCGAGGAUGAGAAGAAGAAGAAGGCGGCAAGUCAAAAGACUUUAUCCUCAUUCUUUGGAACACCAGUUUCAGCAAAGACUUCAAAGGAUGAUGUAUCGACCAGUCCAGCAUCAGCAAGUCGUUCUAUGGCUCCAAUUCCUAUGGCCUCGACGAAUUUGACUCCGAGUAAGAAGGAAAUCUCACCAUAUGAUAAAAUGUUUCCGGCUUUCUUCGUUCAGAAUGGUGUUAGGUUGGCACCGAUUAAUCAUUUUGCGAGAGAUGAUGAGAGAUCACAAAUUGUACAGUCUACGAUUGAUGCAUACAUAUUGGGCAAUCGAAGUCCGGGAAGAAAACGAGAGUUUGACGCCAUGGAACUUUUCCAUCUGUCAUCAAGCAGUUCAUUGAAGCGAGGAAAAUCGAUUGUACCAGUUCGCGAAAUCAUGGCGGAAUUAUCGGGCAAUCCUACAAAACCCAUCGACCUUACAGCAGACUCACAAAAUUCUCAAAUCAAACGUACCAAAGCUCAACUGAAGGAUGUUCCCAUGAAAUUUCUCAAAUUUCAAGAAGAUGUUAGACCUCCAUAUCAAGGUACAUAUACACACAUACCUGUAAAUGGUAUUUCGAAACUAGCACGCAAUCCUAUGAGAAGGGAUCUCCCGAAUACGAAUUACGAUUAUGAUAGUGAGGCGGAAUGGAUAGAAGAUGAAGAUGCAGAAGAUUUGAAUAGUGAGGGAGAAGAAGAUGAAGAAGGUCUUGAUGAUGCAGAGGAUAUGGAUGGGUUCCUUGAUGAUGAAAAUGAUGAUCUAUUGAUCUCGAGACGUGCCAUGGGUGGUAUACAGGGGGAUUUAGAACCUGUUAGUACGGGAUUGUGUUGGGAGGAUAGGAAGAAGAGGAGUACGUAUGUUAAGAUGAUGCCGUUUAGGAUGGAGUUUAUUCUUGAUCCAAAAAUGAAAUCUAUAGAUCCUUUCUCAACACAAUAUUGGGAACCAAUCGUACCUCCAUCCCAAACAGGAUCAAUGGACCCUCCACGUCUUCCGUUAAAAUCAACAAACACAAACACCCGCCAAACUUCCCCAUCUCCUCUAGGCUCCACAUCUAACAACAAAGUCUCAAAUCCCAAAUCCACACCGCUUUCUUUCUUUGGCACUCCGACCUCUUCCUCUACAACUACAUCGCUCCCAAUUCAUCAAGGUCAAGGUCAAGGUCAAGGCCAAGGCCAAGAAGCAAAAGCAGACACGAAACCGAAAAAAUACCUCCCGGAUUCGGAUCUCCCGGCUUUCAAAGAAGCAAUUCAGGGAAGCGAUUUGAGUAAAGUGGGGUUGGUGGAGGUGUUGAAGAAGAAGUUUCCGGGGAGGACGGGUGGGGCGAUUAAGGCGACGUUGGAUUUGGUGGCGAGGAGGGUGGGGGGAAAGGAGGCGGAGAAGAGGUGGGUUUUGGUUUAG